CUUACCAUAUAAAUGGUAAGAAAGUGACCAAAUCGAGUCAAUUUCAACACACGAUUUGCUCAACGAUGAAGAAACAUUUGAGCGAUUGGAAGAAAUUCCGUUAACGUGAAAUUCAGUCACACGAAGACAUGAGAGGAAAAUUAGGACUGAAUAGUUCGAUGGUACAAGUUCAAGGGGAGCGCGUGAGAUGAUGGUACAGAUAAGUUCGUGCAUCUUUAUUAUGGGUGGUUGAAAAUUUUUUAGUGAAGUGAAGAAAAAAAGGGAAUUUACAAAGGAGUGGAAUUAUGAGUACCCUUACAGCCCCAUUACUGGGCUUAGGAGCUACGGCAGCUUCCAAUUUAGCAGUUUUUAUCCCAGCUUUAGCAGCAGCUAUAGCUUAUUUCCAGUACGACCUUCUUGACCCCGAGUCAAGACCAAUAGAUGUAUCAACUGAUGAAUUAUUGGAACGUUAUGACUUUAUAGUAGUUGGGGCGGGAUCAGCAGGGGCGGUUGUGGCAAAUCGGUUAAGUGAAAUAGAACAGUGGAAUGUGCUACUUUUGGAGGCGGGGGGCGACGAAAUGGAAAUUUCGGACGUACCCCUCAUGGCCGCCUAUUUACAACUAUCGCAAAUCGACUGGAAGUACAAAAGUGAGCCUCAAGGACAAGCAUGUCUUGCUAUGAAAAAGGGGCGGUGUAAUUGGCCCCGAGGCAAAGUCAUAGGUGGCUCAUCAGUCCUCAAUUACAUGUUGUACCUCCGGGGAAACAAAAAGGAUUACGACAUUUGGGAAUCCCUGGGGAACCCAGGUUGGGGAAGCCAGGACGCCCUCUACUACUUUAAAAAAUCCGAAGACAACCAAAAUCCCUAUUUGUCCAAGACCCCCUACCACUCAACGGGAGGGUACUUGACAGUGUCCGAAGCCCCUUAUCACACACCCCUCGUUGCAGCUUUCGUGGAAGGUGGCCGCCAACUCGGGUACGAAAACCGGGACAUAAACGGCGAGUACCAAUCCGGGUUCAUGAUGGCGCAAGGUACCACUCGGAGAGGUUCGCGUUGUUCGACCGGAAAAGCAUUUUUACGUCCGGUACGACUCCGGAAGAACCUCCACGUUGCGAUGCAUGCCCAUGUGACCAAGGUUAUGGUGGACCCUACUAGUAAAGUGGCCUUCGGGGUUGAGUUUGUAAGGGAUAAAAAGUUGUACCGGAUUAGGGCCACUAAAGAGGUGGUACUGUCAGCCGGCGCGGUCAAUUCGCCCCAAUUGCUCAUGUUAUCAGGGAUUGGCCCUAAGGAGGAUUUGGAACGACUUAAAAUCCCAGUUAUCCAGGAUUUGAGGGUUGGGCAUAACUUACAGGAUCAUGUGGGGCUAGGAGGAUUGACAUUUUUGAUCAAUCGGCCACACUCGAUUCUCCUCAAUCGGUUGUAUUCGGUUAGUUCGCUGAUGCAAUACGCCAUAUUUGGAGGAGGGCCUUUGACCAUCAUGGGAGGGGUGGAAGGAUUGGCUUUCGUUAAUACAAAAUAUGUCAACGCUUCUGAUGAUUUUCCCGAUAUUGAGUUACAUUUUAUCUCAGGAUCGACCCAUUCCGAUGGUGGUACCCAACUCAGAAAAGCCCAUGGUCUCACUGACACAUUCUAUGAACGGGUUUUUGGCCCUAUAGCCGAUAAGGAUGCGUGGAGUGUCAUCCCUAUGCUCCUGAGACCCAAAUCACGUGGUGUCAUUAAAUUACGAAGUAAAAACCCCUUAGACUACCCCUUAAUCUACCCCAACUACUUUAAAGAUGAUUUCGAUAUGAAAACUUUGAUCGAAGGAGCAAAACUCAGUGUGGCUUUAAGCAAAACGCCAGCUUUCCAGUAUUACAAAAGUACCCUCCACAAAUUCCCGGAUUGUUCCGGGUACAAAGACUAUUCGGAUGAGUUUUACGAGUGUAUGAUUCGACUAUACACUGUUACAAUUUACCAUCCCGUUGGGACAUGCAAAAUGGGCCCUUAUUGGGACCAGGAAGCCGUCGUAGACCCACAAUUGAGGGUUUACGGAAUAAAGGGUCUAAGGGUCAUCGAUGCUUCAAUAAUGCCGAAUCUAGUAAGCGGUAAUACUAACGCCCCUGCUAUUAUGAUAGGGGAAAAAGGGUCGGAUUUAAUAAAAGAAUUUUGGAUAAAAACGGCUCGUUAUGCCGGCAAAAUGUCGUCCCAUGCCCAAAUGAACCUUUUUUCCAUCACCCGAAUGGCCUUGACUCUUGGGCCAGGUCUGGGUUUCCUCCUAUACCUUCAUUCCUCAACCAUGACCCAUCGACCGGAUAUUCUCGACCGGGAGCACCGUGUCCAUGACGUACCCAUGUACCAGAUUCAGCCAUCGUACGAUUUUAUCAUAGUUGGCGGGGGUAGUGCCGGUGCGGUGCUUGCGAAUCGUUUAAGUGAAAAUCCAGAGUGGGAAAUACUACUUUUGGAAGCCGGUCCUGAUGAAAUUUCAUUGACCGAUCUUCCUUUGUUAUUUCCUACUCUUCAAUUGUCACCGUUCGAUUGGCAGUUUAAGACACAACCGGGAGAGAAGUACUGUAAGGCAAUGACAAAGGGGCAGUGCAACUGGCCUAGAGGGAAAGUCCUAGGGGGGAGUAGUGUCCUUAAUGCCAUGUUGUAUGUCCGGGGGAAUAAACGAGAUUAUGACAGAUGGGAAAUGGAGGGAAAUCCGGGUUGGAGCUACGACGAGGUACUCCCAUAUUUCAAAAAAUCGGAAGAUAUGAAAAUUGAGGGGUACCAAGACGAUUACUAUCAUGGUACCGGCGGGUACCUCUCUGUAGAACACUUCAAGUACCACUCCCCAAUCGCCGAUUGGUUCCUCCAAGCCGUUCAAGAAUUCGGCUACGACAUUAGAGACAUAAAUGGAGAGUACCAAACCGGUUUCACUCUAGCCCAUGGUACUCUCAAGGAUGGUCUUCGUUGCAGUACCGCCAAAGGUUUCCUCCGACCAGUCUCCAAACGCCCCAACCUCCACAUCAGCCUCCACUCCCUCGUGGAGAAAAUCAUCAUCGAUGAAGUCACAAAGCAAGCACGUGGAGUCACUUUUAACAAAUUUGGGGCCCGAAGAACUAUCUAUUCUGACCGGGAGACAAUUCUAAGUGCUGGUGCACUCCAAUCCCCCCAAUUGCUAAUGCUCUCAGGAGUCGGGCCCCAAGCCCAUUUGGAAGAAAUCGGAAUUGAAACAUUCGUAGACUCACCAGGAGUCGGCUCCAACUUACAAGAUCACGUCGCCAUGGGCGGUGUUACGUUCCUUUUUGAACCACCAUCAGAGUACCGAAAUAAAACUUGCGGGUUUAUCCUCCCCAAAGUUUUUUCUCCCGAAACUAUUAAUGAUUUCGCCCAAAAGAGACAAGGACCGGUUUAUUGGUUACCCGAAUGUGAGUUAAUGGGAUUUGUGAAAACCAAAUAUGAAGACCAAGACGAUGAUUGGCCAGACAUUCAGUAUUUUGUCACAGCCUACGCUGAUAAUACCGAUGGGGGGCUUUUCGGGAAAAAAGCUGCAGGUCUCACCGAUGAGUUCUAUUCCGCUGUUUACGAAGAAGUCCUCUACAAGGACGCUUUCAAUGUCAUUAUUUUAUUACUAAGGCCGAAAAGUCGUGGCCGCCUAUUUCUCAAAGAUACCAAUAUCAAUAGUCACGUGGUCAUCGACCCCAAUUAUUUUGACGAUCCCCAGGACAUGAAAGUUUUGAUUGAAGGUGCAAAAAUCGCCUACGACCUAUCAACAAAAACCCCAACCAUGUCCCAAUACAAAACCACUUUCAACCAUUUCAAAAUCCCCGGUUGCCACCAUCUACCAUUUCUCUCAGAUGAGUACUGGGCUUGCCAAGCCAGUCAUUACACUUUGACCAUAUACCACCCCGUUGGGACGGCCAAAAUGGGUCCACCCAACGAUACCAUGGCCGUAGUUGAUCCCAGACUUCGCGUUUAUGGUGUCAAUAAUUUACGGGUGGUUGAUGGGUCAAUUAUGCCGUAUAUUGUGAAUGGAAACACCAAUGCACCUAUUAUUAUGAUCGCAGAAAAAGCGGCUGAUAUGAUCAAGGAGGAUUGGGCCGCUUUUGAGGAACAGGAACAAGGGGAAGAAUAUGUUGUAGGAUUUGAGGAUCCCCAAUUUGGGUUUGAAAGGGUGAUGGAGAAGACGCCCAAAGUACAAGAUUUGGAUUAUUGGUAGAAAAACUUGUUUUCUUUUUUAAAAAUAAAAUAAUAGAAGGAUAAG